CUGGUCACAAAUACCUAAAAAUAUCGUCGCCAUAUUGGUAUUGUCAAAAAGUUCGCGAUCCAUCGGUAUUUAGGGAAAAAUGAUUUUUCGUUUUUCUACGAACGAAUCGCCUGUGUUCUUGUGAUCAGACGUUAUCUAACGUGUUUUUAGAUGUUUCGUUUAUCGGAUCCGGUGCUUGAUUUGGUUCGUAAAUGAUGUUUUCAAUGGAGCAACGUUCAGGGCGCAGUAGGUCCGGGACAUCGGAGGAUUCGGAGAUGAACGUUGGUGGUGAAGUGGUUAGAGAAGGUGUGCCAUCGGAUGAAGUGUAUUCAGCAGUGGCCGCGGUCUCCGACGAGAUCGGGGACAUAUUAAAGGAUGAAUUGGGAGACGCCGAUAGGGCGGACAGGAUCGGUGCUGAAUUGGCAGACCUGAGUGCCGAGCUCGGUCUACUAGCCGGUUUAGCUGACGGAGAACCACAGCAAGACUUCCCUUCGCUCUUCGAGAUUGCUAUGGGUCACCGCAGCUCGGCCAGUGGUUCGUCAUCAUCGUCUUGGUCGGGGCGGGGCCGCGCCGGCAGAUCUAGGGCACCGCCGCGUCGCAGGCCCAUUGCUAAGGAGGCAUCACGUCUUCGUAGCGCAGUGGCUCGCCGCGCGGCGUUGCGUGCUCGGCGUGGUCCACCCUCAGAUGCAUCUGAUGUGGGCGCUGACUCCGACUCUGAUGAUCAAUGGACCGAGUUGGAUGAUGCUUCUGGUCUAUCGGAUACGUCUUCGGGCAAGGAGGCUGCUGGUGUUGCGGAUAUGGACUGCAAUGAUUACCAUAAGGAACCGGCGGAAGCUCCAGCCCUAGGCCAGUUCCUCUUGCCACUGUUGAGCGGAGGCCCAGCUCCUGAGCCGGAUCACUUUCUCAUCAGACAUGAAGAUAUUCUGCAGCUGUUAGCUUCAGCGGAGGAGACAGUGAGGGAUGAUCAUCCUCUAGAUGAUGACGAAGACGUCAUGGACUCACAGCCUGACAUGUUGUCAAGCGGUGACAUGUUCAUAUUUGAGGAGCCUCCUGUCACACCCGAGGAAGAAGCUGCCUUGCUUCAUUAUGUCUGCGAAGCGGAGCGUGUUAGUGAAGGUAGACAGGAGGAUGUGGGCAGGUUCAAGGCAAUAGAGGAGUGGCUGCUCGGUGUGUUCAGAUCCUGGUGCGAGAUCAGCGCCCUCAUGUAUACACUCAUCGGCACUGAGAUGAGUGUGGAGACAGUCAGGUCUGAGUGGUCGUAUCGUGCGAUGUUUGGCUGCCAUUGUCGUCAGUGUCUCUGUUUGGCGCACAAUGCGGCUGCGCUGCACUGCUUCCUGCGCGGCCUGGUCUGGUCUUUGGCUCACAGUGGUAAUACAUUUGCCGCUACGGGGAUAAUGCGAGCUCUGCGUUUGCGCGCUGGCACGCCCAGUCCCCCCUCGGAGUGGGACAUUGCUCGUCUGCAGAGGCUACAUUUCGGUGAUGAUGGUGCGGCUGUGGUUCAGGAACAGCUUAGCCGUCUCUGUGAGCAGAGUGACUUCAUGCAGCACAUCGUACACAAAGUCUGUCUGUGUCGACAAUACGAGAGACCAUUUGAUAAAGAAUAUGCCGUUGAAAGAUUUUGCAAAUUGUUAGAAAAUUUCAAAGCUGCUUCGACCAUCACAUUCAAGGUGGAGAUAUCAGCUAAGGAAGGUACUGAAGAGGAAUGGAUAGAACGAGCUCGACGUAGACUCGCGAGGUUCCUGGCGCCGCAACAACGUGCCAGCACCAGCGCCAGGCUCAGAGACAUGGCGGCGAGGACCACACCUGAAGACUUGAGCGGAUGGGAGGGCUACAGACAUUGGUGUGAUUGUCUCAAUCCGAGAACACUCGGCGCACAACAGAGACGACAACUGUUGAGUGACCUGUACUAUAGGAUAUCAUUCCUGGGCAUGAUGCAGGCUGUCAAUGAGUUUAACAACAGCCAUCUGCAAGCCGAAGAUGCUGAGGAUAAGUCACCAAGUGAUGGUGAGCCGGAGUGUUCUGUCAGAGAGCUGCAGCAGGGAGACGGCACUGGAGCAAAGCCACCGGACAGCCAGCCCACGUCCCUCGUGAAGACAGACAACCUGACAGAUUCUGCUGAAAUGGAUGACUUAUCAGGUUCUGAGUCCCUAACCACAUCGGGCUCUGCCACUUCGGGCUCCGCUUCAGGGUCGGGCUCCGCUGGUGGCAGCGGGCUGUGCGGUGCUGUGCGACGUCUCGUGCGCUCCAUAGCUGGUAUUGAACGACUUAUGGAUAGAGUUCUGAGACAUUGCGCUGAAUGUCCGCCGCCUGCGCACGCGCACAGGAAGCGUGUAGAUCUAGGUCUGUCUGAAGUAGACAGGAAGCUGAUGUCGAUGUACCGACGUCUGCCAGAAGUUCAUCGCAGACAGCUGCAGGUCUACCGCCGCCAGAAGAAACUCUCCACGGUGUGCACACAGUUAGUAGGGGGCUGCGCCCCGGCGCCGCCGCCCCCUGGCUCCCCUCCACCAGCUCCUCCACACCAGCCUUGCCGCGCCCUCUGCCCUGAGUAUCACCUGCAGAGGUUCAAAGAGAUCCUGUACGUGGUGCAGGUUCGGCGCAAGGUUAUGCACAUGCGAGACCAGCAGCUCUACUACCACCGUCUGCGCAUGUGGCUGGAGGACCAGCUGCGUCAGGAGCGGGAGAGUCUUCCAGACAGCAAUGUGACACUAGUUGAAGAUCUCCCUCGUCGCAAACGUAGGACCGUUAGUCCAAAAGCCCCUCGAUUGACCACUGCACCUAAACGGAAAUUCAAGAGUGUCAAUACCAUCAGCAAACCACAUAAAAUACUCCAACUCCUCAAACAUAAACUGCCACAAUCCGCCCAAAUUACAGAAAUAGAUCAGAAUGAGGCGAACGAUGUCAAAUCUGAAGCUGAACCUCCAGAAGCUUUCCCUUUAGACAAGGAAGAUAAUAUCAGCGAUACAGAAACUAUAGUGGGUGAAAAAGACGGCGAUAUGUGCAAAGAUAUGAAGGAAUGUCUGACGAAAUUUGCAAAUUUCGCUCUAAAUAAUCAAGAUAAAGAUAUCAAAUACCCAGAAUCAGUUAGUCCUCCAUUGCAAGAGAUGUCGCCGACUUCGACAGAACCUAUGCCGGUUUAUUCACCGAAACCUAAUCAAAGGUUGUUAGCUGUUAACAAAUUCCUUCAUAGAAAUGAAGUCGAUGACAAAAUUAUCGAUUUCCAAUCACAAAUAACCACAGAUGUGUUAAAUGUGCCAUUGAACGCUCGUCGGACUCCAUUACUUGUGAAAGAUGAAAGUGAAACGAAUAUGAAAGUGACAGAAGUAGAUAAUUGCGAAUUAGUGGUUGAUAACAAGGAUAAUAAUGUAUAUAAAUAUGUUACAUUCGGUUUAGAAAUCAAAAAAGCUAUGGAGGAAUGUCAGAAUAUAAUAAACUCAUAUAACAGUAUCAAAGAAAAAGAUAAAGAAAAAGAUAUAAAAGAAAAGGAAGAAACACAAGAAGGUCCACUCUCUUUAGAACACAUCUGCGAAGUAAUGAUGAGUUUAGACAAAAACGCUGAACUCUUAGAGAAAAUGGAUUCCGAUGAAUCCGUUGAUUUGGGAGCUGCGAAUACAAAAUUGGCCGAAUUGGUGGAAAAUAUGCCACAAAUAUUAGCAAAUAUGCCAGAAAUAGCAUCAAAAUUAUCCGAAUUCGCCAACACGUCAUUCGAAUUGCCAGAAUUCGCAUCCAUAAUGAGCAGUAUACCAGAUGUGAAUAAUGAAGCUCAGCUGACACCGGAAACAUUGAAACAAAUCCGAGAACUGAAGUUGAAUAAAACACGAGAUAGUGUUAAGGUGACAAAGAAUACAGCGAAGCGCAAAAACAAUCGUAGAAUUAAGAAUAACGUGGACAAUGACGUCACAGAUAAUACAGAAGAAGGUAAAGAAGUAACAGAAACUAAAGAAGAAAAAGAUACACAGAGUGUUGUCAAAAAUAACAAUUGUAAAGAAGAUUUCAAAGAGCUGUUAUUCUCGAUUUCAGCUCAAGUUGUGAUCAAUAAAGUGUUCGAAUACAUGAAACAGAAUAAAAAUCCUGAAUUUAUUAAAUGUCUGGAAGAAAAUCGUGAAUUAUUAGGCAAGAAUAUACUAGUACCAGAAGUAUAUACUAAAGAUUCUACCGUAUUUGAUAAUUCAGUGAAAGAAGCUCUAAGUAUGGAGGAAUUGCGACAACUCGUACGAUCCAGAUUUCGUUCAUGGAAACAAUAUAUCGCUACGAAAUUCAAAAGUAUACCAAUUGAAUUAUUAGAAAAUGAAAUCGAAACGAUGUUAAUGAAAUUCCAAUCUUAUAUAAAAGAUUUGGCAGCGAAACAAAGCGUCAACGAUACAGACAAAAUAAACGAAAAAAUAAAUGAUAUACGUAAAAGUGUUGAAGGUGAAAACGAUUCAGAGAACGAAAGUUGUGCAGCUUCAAAGGAAUCACUUAAACAAAUCACCAAAUUACUUAGUCCACAAGCUGGGAAUACAUUCGAUCUAUUAAUAAUGAAAUUAUCCAAAAUGACUGAAGACCAGAAAACAACAGUUAAAAGUUUAAAAUUUAAAUAUAUAGAUGUCGUACGAAGAUGCAUUGAUUCACAACAAUUAAUAAAUUGGAUUCUACAUGAUCCGGAAACGGCAGCAGAAGUUAUAUCAGAACAUACAGGUGUACCAACAAAGAAACCAGAGACAAUGCCAGAUUUCACAGCAAUGAGUUUAGACAACAAAAAGGAUUAUUUCACAGAUCGUUUAAAGAAGAUGAACAAAUUGUUUAUGCAGACAUUACCCAAGAAAGCCCUUACAGGUGAUGAGUGGCUCGUGAUGUUAUAUCGUUUGGAACAAUUGGAAGAAUCACUAGAAGAUGCAUUCUCAAAAAUUCCACCUCCUACAAAACAAAAUCCACAAACGCAAACAGCUAGCGAAGCAGAAAUACUAGCAGCUAAAGGUUUAAGUAAAAUUAUAAACAAAGCAAAUGCUAAAACGGUUAAAAAACCAAACUCUGAAGCACAAAAACCAAUUAAGAAAGAAGAGAAACAAGAAGAAGUAAAAGAUAUUCCGAAAGAUAACGAAAAAGAUAGUAGGAAAGUUAAAAACGAUAUACUAUUAGCUAAAUGUGAAGCUAUCCUUACAUCAAAAGGCGAAAAGACGCUUUUAGACAGUUUUUAUAAAAUAAAAUCUUACAUAACACAAGGGCUGCCUGUACCUGAAACAUAUAAAAAGCAUGUUAUAUCAAUUUGCUCAAGUAUUGAUGCAAAAUUACUAGACGAAGAAAUAGAAGAAAGUUUAAAAUUAAAAACAGAAGAUGAUGAAAUUAACAAAGAAAAAAAUCCAUCAUCAGUGAUCGGUUCACAGAAUCCAGAAUUAUUAGCGAAAUAUUCCGCACAAGCUCUAAGAAAUGCUAAACAGACAUUAAAUGCUGUAGCAUUCAGGAAUAUGAUGAAAAAUGGACAAAAUAAAUCUGAAAGUGACUCUUGUGAUAUACCAAAAAGUGACUGCAAAUGGACUAAUGAUUGUCUAUGCCCCAAUUGUAAGGAAACUGACACGACAUCUGUAUGUCUCGGUGACAUUGUCAAACAAUGCUACGACAUGGAUACAAAAUCGAAGAACGGUUUAGAAGAGAAGAAGAAGGAUAAGCAGAAACCGGUUGCGAAAACAACGAAACCACCUCCUAAAGUAUGUGAGAACUCAUCUCAUCAUGUAUGUAAAGGUCACAACGCGGGCAUCGCUUGCCCAGGGGACAAUUCCCCCGAUCAACCUUGUUCCUGUUGCUACUGUACCGUAUUCGGACACGCCCCACCACUGACUACUCCUGUGCCGAGAAACUUCAACGAAACCAGAGAAAGAUUGAGGUCCAUACUCAAUAAGAAAAAACAGAAAUGUAAAACAACUAAUGGCGAGGUGUCAGAACCAGUGGUGGAGAAGAAGCAAGUGACAGUUCAGACUCAGACCACAGAGUCCCCGCAGCCGCAGAAGCCUGCCAAACCUGUCACACCACAACCCAAGCCACCGGCUUUACCCAAGACUUUACCACCGACUACUACGUCAGCGCCACUACAGGGGGUGCAGGGGGCUCAGGGGGUUCAAGCUAUCCAGGGGGUGCAAAGUGCACAGGCUGUCCAGGGAGUGACAGGCAAACGACAAGCGGAGGAGCGUCAGUUAACUGACAAGAUGGCGAUGAUGACCGUCUCUGACAAACCUGACAAUAAACCCAAGGUUGUUCAACGCACUGUUCCAGCACAAACAAGUACUCCAUCAGGAUUGAAACCUGAAGGCAAACUUAAUCCAAAUGCUAUGGAACAAAUAAGACUACAGCAACUAAAACAACAACAGCAAAUGUUGCACCAACAACGACAACAACUCAAACAACAUCAGCAACAAUUACAACAACAUAUGCCGGAUGAAAUGCCAGAAUUGCAACAACCACCACCGAGUCCGGAGAAGAAACCGGAACCGAUCUACGACCUACCGAUACACAACAAACCAACAUUAACACCGCAACAACAAGAAUUGAUCAGACAACAACAAUUGCAACAACAACAUCAACAGCAUCAGAGACAGUUGUUGUCGCAACAACAGCAACAGAUGCACCAGCAACAAUUGCAACAACAUCAACAGUUGAAACAGAUACAACAGCAACAACAGCAACAUUUGCAACAACAAAUGCAACAACGUCAAGGCAGACAACAACAAAGGGCUACUGUGUCACUAUCAAGUCGAGAUACGAGCGUAUUCUCUACUUCAUCUGGAUGUUCCGGUGGGUCUUUCUGGCGCUGCGGGCGAGCUGAGGAUCCUCGUGACCUGGAUGCCCUGCUGCAGUACAUCGAGGGCCCUCAGCGUCAUGUUGAUAGAGGCAAGAAGAAAGCCAAGAAGCAACGCCAGAGGGCUAAGAAGAUGGAAUCCCGUCUGAUAGAACAACGUACAGCAUUAGCUGGAGAGUUGUCGUAUGCUAAAAUGAUUGCCUCGACUCUUAACGAAGUAUUAGAUUCAGCGAAUAGUCGCGCGCAGCACGCUAAAGCUGCGCUUGCACAUCAUCGUGCUAAGAGGAAGGGCAAGAAACAGAAACUGAACCCGGCCGUGCAAGCGAAGGUGCAAUUGUUAACUGAACAACUGGCGCAAAUCAACACAUUUAUAUCUACUACUACUGAGGAUUUACAAGCGGCAGAGAGACAAGUAGCAGAUGCGAGUCGUCGUCUGCAGCAAUGUGAGAGAGAGUUACAUGAAGCGAGAGCGGUACAAGGAAAACCAGACAGACCACAACAAGAUGUACCUGAUCAGCAACUGGAUCUGCAGCUGAGGAACUUCCAGAAGCUGAAGGAAGUCGCUAAAGCAUUAGGUGGUGGUGAUGGUUGUGGUGUGGUGAGAGUGCGCCGCGCCGGUUCUGAUGGUGUCACCCUGUCAGUAGAUGGUCGUGAUGAUGUACCUCUCUCUCAUUUACUUCAAGCUACGAAUACUCAACUCGCAGAUGAAAAACCACGCGACGAAACAACACCACAGACAAAAGAUCAGCCGCAACGCAAGCAAACCUGGGAACAGGCGCUUGCUCAUAUAAAUCAAAUAGCCAAAGGCACCAAUAAGGAGAAGAAGAAGCAGAAAGAAACUCAGGCGGCUAAAGCAGAAGUGAAAACCAAAGAGCAGAAGAAAACUCAAUCUGAACCGGAACCAACAGCGCUAUCUAAGAAGCAGAGGAAAUUAUUGGCUAAACAACAGGCGGAAGAAGAAGAGAAGAAGAAACAACAGCAGCAAGCGGAGGCAAAGAAGAAAGAGAAGAAAGCAGAACCACCGAAACCGGAACCUGUUAGCAAGAAAGUUGAAAAGAAGCCAAGUGCAAGCGAAAUUAAAGCAGAGGAAAAGGCAAAGAAGAAAGAAUGCAAGAAACAGGAGAAGAUGGAGAAGAAAGGAAAAGAGAAACAGGAAAAGACUGCUCAACCGGUGAAACAGAAGCAACCGACUCCAGUGCAGAAGAAAGAGAAGGAGAAGAAGAAAGAACAAGAACCAACAGCCAAACAGCAGGCGAUACAGAAGUCUAAAGUUGUAACACCUGAUACUACAUUAGAAGUUGUCAAUAACAAGAGUCCUUGCCCGAGCGAGACAGAAAAGCCCGCCUCUUGCAGUAUAAUGGAGCAACUGAGCAGCGGUGUACAGGUGGCAGAUUUGAAACUACCCCCAGGUAUAACAUUGACAAGAGUUCAACCUAAUGAGAAGAAGGAUACACCGCCACCUCUUAAUUCCGUGCCGCUGUGGCGCUGCUCAGAGUUGACGGCGCAGCCAACUCCUCCACCACGUCCUCCCCCCCUCAUCAACGCGGAUCCCGCUCAUGCUGUCUUCACAACACAUAUGCCAGAACCACCGAAAACUAUAAUAGUACCAGACCCACCACCAGCACCACAAAACAAUGCUGGCAAAUCUAAAAAAUCCAAAAAGAAAGGGAAAAAAUCAACGGAUAAUGAAAUCAAACAAGAUGGUGCCAAAAUGGUGACAUUACGCAAUCCGAUGUUCCAUCCAAAUCUACCAACGGUACAAAUAACUAAUGCACCACCUAAGAAAACAGAAAUCCGUAUACCAGAACCUAUUCCUAUGCCACCAACAGCGUGUCAAGCGACUAUAACACCAACUUCAAAUGGCAUGUACACAAUCCGGAACCCAUUGAUGUCAAUUAUGCAUCAACAAAGCUUAAUGGGUAUACGGAAUCCAGUACCACAAAACAAUCAUACAUUGUUCACACAACCUCCAUACACAUAUGUCAAUCCGAAUGUUUACAAUCCGGUUCAAAACCAAAACCAAUACGUAAUGGAACCAUCAAGAAAUUCACCGAAGAAUCAAGAGAAUGAUUUAAAUAAUAGAAUAUUAAAUCUGGCUUCGUUUACGAAGAAGAGUGAUGAAGGUUACUCUUUAUUUAGUACUCCGGAAGAUACAAAUCAAAGAAGUUUCUUAUCACCGGUAUAUUAUGAAGAGAAAUCUAAACCGGUUGUUUCACCUAAUCCUAUUGGAACUAGACCGAAUACGGAUAGAACGUUCGAGAAUGAAUCUCUAUUUGCUAAUCCGAUACAAAGACCAGAACCUAUCGGUACACCGAGGAAUGAUGAUUUCAAAGGAAGCUUGUAUACACCGUUUGGACAAGAAGAUAGGAAUGUGUUUCGUAGUGCUCUAUUCAGUGAUAAUAGUGUUGCCAGUUCUAAUGUUUUAAAUACACAAGAUGUUGGUGUAACACAUUUGAGUAACGGUGAUUCUUUACCAUAUUUUCAACGUCUCCGGGUUGGUUCUAAGUUGAACAGCGAAGUGACUAUACAUCAUGUUACAGAAUCCAAGUUUUAUAAACAGGAUGGUCCACAAGAUGAGGUGCGAGGUGAUGAGUCACUUUUCUCACGUCGUUCACCUCCCGCCUGGCCUGACACCCUGUACGCUCACAACCACACUGGCAUUUCAUCCCCCAUCUCCCAAGGGGAGUGCGACAACGGGACCAUUUCCCCUUCACCCCCCAAUGAUGACGGACCUGGAGCUAUAGGAGAGGGAGCACCUCAUUCUAGACAUGAAAGCAGUGUUUUCCUCCCGGAUCGUACUAUCACAAAUUUGUCAGCUCUAGAGGCAGCAGAAAGAGAGAUUGAGUCGUUCAAACGUUUCGACUUCUAUUUCGAACCUCCCCAACAUAAGCCACGUGUUGCACUCGAUGUUAACGCGCUAAGACCUGGACAUAAGUAGAUAAAUAAA